UUAGUUUCACCUCUCAGGUGUGUUCAGUGUCAGCCUGUCAGUUUGUCUCCACACCUCAUGUGACCUCAUUUGAUGACUGAAUCUCUGAAGGGCAUUGAUCUCAGUCUUCUUUGCACCUUCAUUCGGGGCCAGCAUUUCCCUACAGGAUCGAGCAGAACAUGAGACUGAGAGGACAGGACGGAUAAGAUGGGAGGGACUGCUGUGUUCAGCCCAGAAGUUUGCAGCCGAGUGGCGUGCGGGGGAGGAGCGGCGUUAACCAGAAACGUGCUGAAGUCAGCUCCACCUCAGGCGCACAUCCCUCCCUCCCUCCCUCCAUCCGCGCCCCCGAGGACAACCCGCGCUCCUCGGCACCCCGCCCGGCCCUGUGUGUGUGUGUUUGUGUGAUGAGGGACCGCAGGGAGGGGGGCGUGAGUGUGUGUGUGCAGUUUGUUGAAUGUGUCGGGGCGGGAGAGAGUGAGAGAGAGAGAGUGUGAGAGAGAGAGAGAGAGAGAGAGAGAGAGAGCGCCGAGCAGCGGGGACGGAGCGCAGCACCGAGGACAGUUUUCUCCGCCGCGCUUUCAGAUGCUCAGCUCGUCGCUUCGAGUGCGGGUUGGCUCUGCAGAACACAAGGUGUUACUGGGAGAGUCUCAUUAGCUGCUGGGUAACUGUUGUGAAGGACCAGGAGAACCAGCAGAACGGCCACUGAAGAACCGUGGAUCCGUCCAUCGUGAACAUUUUCUCCCUGAUUCUGUCGGAGCGCCUCAGCAGUAUGGACAGCAGUUCAUGGACACAAUCGCUGCACAGAGUUGACUACAAGAAUUAUAACCUUCAGGGCAGCUGAACUCCCACAACCCCAUGAGUUUGGUUUGGCCUGACACUGAGGAGUAGUAAAGUAAGGAGCUCUAUGUGGAUCAGGAGUUGAAGAAGGAGCACCUGAGACUAGUGGUGAGCUAGUCUACCACCUUCAGCUCUACCCAGCGUCUCCCCCCUCCUCCUCCUCCUCCUCCCACUUCCUCAGCCUCACCCCGUCACCCUCGGCUUCACCCUUUCCACCCGCCCCUCCUGAGAACCGCGCUCGGCCAUGUCUCCCCCGGCCUCUCCCUCCCGCCUCCUCCCCCUCCUCCUCCUCUUCCUCCUCCCACUGCCUCCCUGCCAGUCGGAGUCCCAGCGCAUCGAGCCCAGCAGGGACCCCAGCCCACGACUGGUCUCGCCCUCCAUGCUGCCUUCCUUCUUGCCGCCCUCCAUGUCUAACAGUACCAGCAACGUGUCAGGCCAAACAGGGUCGUGUGAGGAGGUGUCGGGCUGCAAGCCGGGCAUCCUGCUGCCCAUGUGGGAGCCCGACAAGCCUGGACUCGGAGACCAGGUGGCCAGGGCGGUGGUCUACUUUGUGUCCCUCAUGUACAUGUUCCUGGGAGUGUCGAUCAUCGCCGACCGAUUCAUGGCGUCCAUAGAGGUCAUCACGUCACAGGAGAAGGAGGUGACCAUCACGAUGCCCAACGGGGAAACAUCAGUGGCAACGGUUCGAAUCUGGAACGAGACGGUGUCCAAUCUGACACUCAUGGCUCUAGGCUCAAGUGCUCCAGAGAUUCUGCUGUCUGUUAUAGAGGUGUGUGGUCACAACUUCGAGGCCGGCGAGCUGGGACCAGGAACCAUCGUUGGCAGCGCCGCCUUCAACAUGUUUGUCAUCAUCGGAAUCUGCGUGUGGACGAUCCCCAACGGCGAGACCCGCAAGAUCAAACACCUCAGGGUGUUCUUCAUCACCGCCUUCUGGAGCAUCUUCGCCUACAUCUGGCUCUACCUCAUCCUGUCCGUCAUGACGCCAGGCGUCGUGGAGGUGUGGGAGGCCCUGGUCACCCUGAUGUACUUCCCAGUGUGUGUCAUCCUGGCUUGGAUCGCCGACCGUCGCCUGCUCUUCUACAAGUACAUGGGCAAGCGUUACCGUGCCGACAAGCGCCACGGCAUCGUCGUGGAGACCGAGGGAGACUUGACACCCAACAAGGGCGGAAUGGAGAUGAUCAUCGAUGGCAAGUUCCCACCAAGAGGGGGCGCCGUGGUCCCCGCUGAAAACUGUGGAGGCGGAGCUCAGGACGGCACAGUGGGCGCUGCAGCCAAUAACAUCGGGGCGGCAGCGGGGGCCAUGGCAACGGGAGCCAGGGGCAACCUGCCCAACUCCAACAGCACGAUGGUCAACAUGGAGAACAGCAAGGAGCUGGACGAGAGCCGCAAAGAGGUGAUUCGUAUCCUGAAGGAGCUGAAGCAGAAAUAUCCCGACAAAGAGCUGGACCAGCUGGUGGAGCUGGCCAACUACUACGCCCUGCUGCACCAACAGAAGAGCCGAGCCUUCUACCGCAUACAGGCCACCCGCAUGAUGAUCGGAGCUGGUAACGUCCUGAAGAAGCACGCGGCCGACCACGCUCGCCGUGCGGCCGUAACUGACGAGGAAGCACCAGAAGAAGACGACCUGGGGAGCUGCAGCCGCAUCUCGUUUGAAAGCGCCCACAGUCAGUGCAUGGAGAACUGCGGCGUCCUGACGCUGGCUGUAGUCUGCCAAGGGGGUCUGGGAGAGAACACCUUCUACGUGGACUACAGGACGGAGGACGGCUCUGCCAACGCCGGGUCGGACUACGAGUACAGCGAGGGAACGCUGGUGUUCAAACCCGGAGAGACUCGCAAAGACAUUAAAGUGGGCAUAAUCGACGACGACAUCUUCGAGGAGGACGAGCACUUCUUCGUGCGCCUGCUGAAUCUGCGUGUUGGCGACGCGGAGGGGAUGUUCGAGAGCGACGAGGUGGGUGCCGCCCCCAAAGCUCGCUUGGUUGAGCCCCUUGUUGCCACGGUGACCAUCCUGGACGACGACCACGCCGGCAUCUUCACAUUCAGCGAGCGCAUGGUGAGGGUGAGCGAGAGCGUGGGCACCAUGGAGGUGACGGUGGUGCGCAACUCGGGCGCCCGCGGCACCGUCAUCCUGCCGUACCACACCGAGUCAGGCACCGCCAAGGCCGGGGACGACUACGAGGAGGCCCGAGGAGAGCUGGAGUUCGUCAACGACCAGACCACUCAGACUUUCCAGGUGAGGAUAAUUGAUGACGAAGAAUAUGAAAAACAUGAAAACUUCUUCAUUGUGCUGGAGGAGCCGCGCUGGCUGAAGAGAGGAAUCUCAGCUCUGCUGCUCAGCCAAGACGGGCUGGAGGGGCAGAUGAGCGCUGAGGAGGAGGAGGCCCGGAGGAUAGCUGAGAUGGGGAAGCCCAUCCUGGGAGAGCACAGCCGCCUGGAGGUGGUCAUCGAGGAGUCGUACGAGUUCAAGAGCACCGUCGACAAGCUCAUUAAGAAGACCAACUUGGCGCUGGUGAUCGGCACACACUCCUGGAGGGAGCAGUUUGUGGAGGCGGUCACUGUCAGCGCAGGUGAUGGCGACGAUGAUGAGGAGGGUCGCGCAGAGCGCCUUCCAUCUUGCUACGACUACGUCAUGCAUUUCCUCACCGUCUUCUGGAAGGUUCUGUUUGCCUGCGUCCCGCCCACGGAGUACUGGAACGGCUGGGCCUGCUUCUUAGUGUCCAUCAGCGUCAUCGGCCUCCUCACCGCCAUCAUCGGGGAUUUGGCGUCACACUUUGGCUGCACCGUGGGGCUGCGGGACACCGUGACCGCUGUGGUGUUCGUGGCCCUGGGAACUUCUAUUCCAGACACGUUUGCUAGCAAAGUGGCUGCCAUGCAGGACCAGCAUGCUGAUGCAUCUGUUGGUAACGUCACCGGUAGCAACGCCGUUAACGUGUUCCUGGGGAUCGGCGUGGCGUGGUCGGUGGCAGCCAUCUACUGGAAAAUCAAAGGAAAGGCGUUCAAGGUGGACCCGGGGUCGCUCGCCUUCUCCGUCACUCUCUUCACCAUCUUCGCUUUCAUCUGCAUGGCUGUGCUCCUGUUCCGGCGCCGGCCCUCCAUCGGCGGAGAGCUCGGCGGACCGAGGGUGCCCCGCCUCCUCACCACCCUGCUGUUCCUGGGUCUGUGGUUCCUCUACAUCCUCUUCUCCAGCCUGGAGGCCUACUGCCACAUCAAUGGCUUCUAAAAGGGGAGAUGGAGAAAGUUCUGGAAGAAACAUUGCUCAACACACUAAUAUUACAACACUAAGUCACACAAUUCAACAUGAAACGAGUCAAACAAACGAGAUUCAUCUUUUUAAUAGUGCUCACUGCAGGUCUUUGAUGCAGGAAAUACUUUAGAUACACACACACACACGCACACACACACACACACACACUCUGUAUGUACGCAUGUGUAAACAGACCAUUAACACACACAGUUGCAGGCAUGACGAAGGACAAGAGGAAGUGUUUGUGAGGGGCGAGAAUCGGGAAUACAGAAGGUCACUGCGGCAAAGUUUGAGAGAGGAAGGAAGUGAGAGUGAAGGUUCAGAGGUGAGAGGCAGGCCAGGUGCAGCUUCAGGUAAUCUGGGCUGAGCUUGGAUUGGACGAGCCCACCUGUGUUGUGUUGAAGGAACAGCAUGUUGGCUCGUCUCUCCUCUGGACCAACAGCUGGUUUGUGCUUCAUGUUUCCUCGCUGAGGAGGCGGAGCCCCGUGUGAAAGCAACAAAACAAAACAAACAAACAAAAAAAAAACUAGUCGAAUGUUUACAAUCACAACAACAACGAGUUUGUUUACUGCAGGAGGUUCUCAACGUGGUGAUUCGUGACGCGGUACAAAAGCGGUUCUCCACACGCGCUGUAAAUAGUGAAAGCCAGUGUACUGUACAUACGAGUGUAGUGUUUUCAGUAGGCACACACCUGGAGAAGUCAAACAGGGUGACAGAGUGACGUCACGGAGCGCGUCGGUUUCUGCUUCUUCUGCCAGAAAAGCUUCAGCGUUUUUAAACUCCGUGCACGGACCCCCGGAAACGUGGAGGCAGAAGCUGUGGUUUUGGCAAGCGGAGACUCAAGUCUGACCAAAGUGAAUGAAAUGUAAGCAGGUGAUGUGAGAGGUUUUGAUCCGUGCAGCCCCACCAGUUCCGGUCACUGAGGGAUUUUUAUUAUUAUCUUCUUGCAUGCAAAAGCCGGAGCGUCUUCACACAAGUCACACAUGUAGAAGGGAAAUCCACCUGUAAAUCCAGGUCAGAUAAACACGUGUGGACGGUCCCACGAGACUUAACCAGUGUUCGUUUAGAGUGAAACCUCUAAAGCCAGGAAAUAAUUUAGUCACCGACAUUCAGUCUUCAGCAUGCUGAUCCUCGUCUGUAGCACAUGGACGCUUCAAGAUGGCACCUGUUCAAUGCCUUAAGGAAAACGUCUCCAGUGGAAAUCUAGUAUUCAGGCUUCCGGUCGUACAUGCUGUCCAGGCUGCACUUUAUUUGAUGUGGCUAAGACAUGCACGUGUUCCCACCUUUUUCUUCUUCUUCUUUCUUUUUCUUUUGUCGACAAACUGUGCAAGUGUGCAAUACAUGAAGAUCGAGACACUGGAGGAAACCCGCGAACUGUGAGGAGUUCGCGGGUUUCCCUAACGUCAACGCUGGGUCCAGGUGAAACCACCGCAUCGCGUUUCUUGUCCUGUGGGAAGAGAUUCAAAAGAAGUAACCGUGUCAGUGUCCGGGCCUCGUGUCCAGCACACUGAUUGGCUCUGCUCAGCUCAGUAUUGCCUGGCAGAGAGGAAACAUGCAGUAAAAUGUUCAGGUUUAUUACUAACAACACUGAGAUGCGUGAAGCUGAAGAGUCAGCGGGCAGAAAAAACAGGAAACGUUUCGCUGAGGCCGGAAGCAUCAGGAGUCCAGAAUCCAGCUGGUUUAUCGCAUCGACACGCCACUUUAUUAUUACCGUCAGAUUCUGUCAGUCACGUUGAAUAAAUAUGCUCACACACAAACGACAAGUGCUACACUUUGUUAUCGAUAACAUCAGAAAGAUCCGAUGAGUUUACCCUUAACUAACUAUACUUUGUAAACUUUCUAAAAAAAACGGUUUUGUAUCUUUUCCUUGCAGAAAAAAGCUGAGGUAGAUUUUUUUUGUACUUCUAAACAACGUUCAGAAUAGUAUCGAUACGUGUGUAUAUACAGUACAGGUAGCGUCGCUUACAUCACUGCUGAAUUUAGCGGAUUAGAUUUUAAUAUGUUUUGCCCAGUGAGGAAGCUCAAACUGUGUGACCAAACAUAACCCCAUCUAAUGUACCGAAGUACGCCACCUGCUGACUUACUUGUGUCACUUCUGUAUAUUAUUUAGAUAUUUAUUUAUUUAUUUACAAGAGGAUUAUAUAUCUGUGGAUAAGCUGUGCCGCGGGGCCCUGAGGCGAGCAGGGAUGCGGUUUCCAUGUGCAAUACGGAGGAAAAGGCCCAACACGUUUCGUUAGCGGCCUUGGCGAGAGGUCGGUUCACAUGUUCUCCUGCUCCAGUGUUUUGUUGUAACCCUCUGCCAACGUACGUUUGUUCACUCAGCUGUGUCGAAGCAGGACGUUUGGAGUGUAAGUAGCAUGUUUACAUGAAGAAACAGUGUGGAACAUUGCCAGUAUGACAGUCAGUCUCGGGUUGUCGUGCGCCUAAGACGGACUGUUUGUGGAUACUAACGGUGGCCGAGAGGCAGGUCAGUGGGGUGUGAGCUCGUAACCUUACCUGUAACCACCAGGUGGGACCAAUAUUACACAUCUCACACACACACACACACAGAGCUCUGCUGAACUCUUGUGUAAUCUGUGUCUGGGUCAGAGUGGAUCAGCACCAGCGGGUACAGAAUGGACCAGCUCAGAUUAUGUACCCAGUGUUGUCCCAGCAGAUGUGACCCAGAUUUGUCUCGGCACCCAACAGAACAGAACUGUUUACAAUGUCCCGUGUUUCCAUGAACUUCUGUACUAACUGUCUGGCUGCGGCCUUUGCUGUUCUGUAAGUAGAUGUGAUGCCUCCCCAUCCAGCUUCUCCUCCUCAGCCGCCCCUCCCCGGUGUGUGUCUGUGUUUGCUUCCCCUCCGUGGUCCUCUGCAGAUGCAUGACGAACCCCCGUGUACACGUGUUAGCAGCAUGGUCUACUGUGAUGGACGCCUAUCGGCAUAUUUUAUCGGGUCGAUCCCCCCACCUCCACCCACUCCCCAUGCAGUUUUAAUCCCAAACAGCAGAGGCUCUUUGUGAAAUAAAAUGAGCAAGUGGCACACACAGACACAACUAUAACUCCAUACAGAUACUGAAGAAACAGGCACAGGCUCGCACACACACACACACACACACACACACACACACACACACACACACACACACACACAGCAUACGGUUUCAGUGUCUACUGCUUGUUUUAUUACCUUUAGAAGCUGUGAAAAGAGAGUGUGCUCUGUUGUGUCAUGGUCUGCAACGAGCAACAUCCCAGGUCAUCUUAUUGUUUGUUGGUGUAUGAUAUUUCUGUGUCUAAGUGUUCCCCCUCUUCUUCUUCUUCUUCUUCUGCUCUUCUCCCAUUCGCUCCCUCCCAGGUCUUGCUCUUCAAUGUGUCUCUGUGAAGUUCUUUCCUGUGAUGAUGAAAAUUUCUCUCUGCCUGAUCCUUUGUAAGGAAAUAACGACUGAGUUACUACAAUAUCUUGUGAUAGACAUAAACAUUUAUUCAAUACUGUAAUAAAUUAUUAACUUAAGAUGAUAUUAAAGUUUUUUAUGAAAU